AUGGGUAGAAUCGAUGAAGUGAACCAAGUGAUUGUGCUGAAGGAAUGGCACAGAAUGUUUUGGCAUGAUGAGUUUCUCGUAUGGAAUCCGGCCGAUUACGACAAUAUCACUGAAAUUCAAGUACCUCGAAGUCUCAUCUGGUUACCAGACAUAACUCGAAUCGAUUUGCUGGAUCAAUCCCAGGCGAUGCCAGACGAUCGAAGCUUCGUCCUAGUUGAUCACACCGGCUUCAUUCGUCAUUCAGUAGCUCAUGUUGUGCGAGUGUUCUGCGGCUUCAAAAUUACAAUGUUCCCUUUCGAUCGCCAAAAUUGCACGGUCCACUACGAGCCAUGGCAUUCUUCGCAUUUGGAGGUUGUUAUCGAAGUUCAUCCGGAACCAGAUGUUAAUCAUUACAAACCAAGUAACGAAUGGGAUCUUAUCUCGUACAACGCUCGUACUGGUCGCGGCUCUUAUCCUGCAAUAAUGUCGCAGCCUACUUCUCGUGCUUAUUACGACAUCGUGAUCAAACGGAGACCUCAUUACUACGUGGCAUGUUUCAUGUUGCCCUGCUUUGUCAUCAUGGAAUUAUCACUACUU